UCACACAAUUUAUGUUCAAAAUAUUUUUUUCUGAACUGAAAAAACCCACUCAGAAAAUAAUCGAGAUACCAAGAAGAGAUGGCAAGUUUAACCACAGCUGCCACAAAAGUUGGGCAUGUUAGAGUUGCAAUUUCCAGGACGAGCACAUGGAAUCCCAGACUGUUUGUGGUUGGAGCCCCACGGUACAUUCAGGCAAGUUCACAUAAAAAUGCUCAGUCUACGACGGAUAAGGCAUCACAGGCAGUUAAACAAGGGGCUGAUGAGGCAAUGAAGGCGGGAGGAAAUAUCAAACACAAGGCUGCCUCUACUGCUGAACACAUGAAUGAAAAUGCAAAGGAAAUGGCUGGAAAGAUGGCAGAAAGAGCACAAGAUAUGUCAGACAAGGCAAAACAAACAGUGGAAGAAGCAUGGGGUUCAGCUAAAGAUUCAGCUCAGAAUGCCAAGGAAACUGUCAAACAAAAUGCUGAGGAAGUCAGGAAAAGCAUGAACAUGAAGAACUAAUUUUUAUUUAUUAUUAUUAUUAUUAUUAUUAUUAUGUUAUUCUGACUAAUCUGUUUAUGACAGCUAGAAAACGUUGUUCAGUUUAAACCUACAGAAAAUAAACCUAUG